AUUUCCUCGGUCUAAAAUCCGCACAUAAACAGGAAGGGUGUCGGACUGUAGGUGAUCAUGGGCAAGAGCUGUAAGGUGGUGGUGUGUGGCCAGGGCUCAGUGGGCAAAACUGCAGUUCUGGAGCAGUUACUGUACGCCAACCAUGUAGUAGGUUCAGAGACUAUGGAGACCCUGGAGGACAUUUACAUCGGCUCUGUGGAGACGGACCGCGGGACUCGAGAGCAGGUGCGCUUCUAUGACACCCGCGGGCUGCGCGACGGUCAGGAGUUCCCACGUCACUACUUCACCUUUGCGGACGGAUUCGUGCUGGUGUACAGUAUCGACAGCAGAGAGUCCUUCAAACGAGUCGAGGCGCUCAAGAAGGAGAUCGACCGCUGCCGAGACAAGAAAGAGGUGACUAUAGUAGUAGUGGGCAAUAAACUGGACCUGCAGGACCAGAGGCGGGUGGACAGCGAGGCGGCUCAGCAAUGGGCACGGCAGGAGAAGGUGCGACUAUGGGAGAUCUCUGUGACCGACAGACGGACGCUCAUCGAGCCCUUCGUCCAUCUGGCCAGUAAAAUGACCCAACCUCAGAGCAAAUCCACCUUCCCGCUCAGCCGCAACAAGAACAAGACCAGCGGCUCUCUGGACAGCUAGAGAUCCAGACUAACGUAAGGGAGAGCAGACACUCAGUUUUAUAUCCUUCACAACGUUUUAAAUUGCCAUUAUAAGCUGUACGUGUCCAGCACACUGAAUGAAGUUACUGCAUUGAAGUUUUAUAUUGAUAAACAUAAAUGUUGAUAUGUUGCUGUGUGAAAUUUCUCUCAAGCUUCUCUUGAAAUAUUUGACUGAUUACACUAUACUGCUUUUACACUGAGAUGUAUACCUCUGCAGAAAGGAUGACUCCCAAUUGUUGAACGUUGGGUGUUGUAUUUGAUUCGUAAAAUGAUGUUGGUGCCAUGUCGACUGCUAUUUUUGAAGACUCUUUAAUAGAAUUAUUGCAGACUGCAUGGUUGUUUUGUUUCUUUUUUACUUCACAUAUUUAUGUGAGAUAACAUUCCUAUUUCUCCAAAAAAAAAGUUACUGAUUUCAGAAGUGUGCUUCUGUAAGUUUGCAGACGCUAAAUUUAGUAUAUGUGUUUAUUUUUGUGUGUAAAGGAACACUCCACUUAAAAAAUAGUCUUAUUUUUCAACUCUCCUAAAGUUCAACAGUUUAGUUUCAUCAUUUUCUAAUCC